AUGUCCCUUCCGAUCGCCGCUGCUGCCUUUCUCUUCGGCAUCGUCUCCGGAGUAGUGGCGGCCAUCGCGAUUAGGCCGCUUCGGACACUCAUCCACCUUGCUGCCACGUCGCGGUCGCGGUAUGAUGCCUCGCAUCGGCUGCUCAACGUGGCGGCGAGCGGUCCGACGACGGCGUGGAUGAAUCUCGGGCUGUGGACCGGGCUCGCUGCCUCGCCGUCGGCAGCCAACGCCUUUGUCGCCGCCAACGAGCGACUCGCCGAUGCGCUGGCGGCAGCGGCCGGUCUCAGUGAAGGCAUGCACGUUGUCGACGUCGGCUGCGGGUGCGGCGAUGCACUCGAGCGGUGGCUCUCGGUCCACGGCGCGUCGAGCGCCCUUGGCAUCACGGCUGCGCCCCAGCAGGCCGCCAUUGCCAGCGCGCGGCUUGAAGCAAGCGGAGCAACGGCAGGUCGUGUCGUCCUCGCCCGCGCCGAGGAGCUCGAGGAUGUGGUCGCCGGUGAUGGCCGCCGCCCGCACGCCAUCCUCGCCCUCGAUGCCGCUUACCACUUUGCCACCCGUGAGGCCUUUGCCGCCGCCGCCGCCCGGGUUCUCGCGCCGGGCGGCGUGCUCGCCACCGCCGGCCUCAUGGCUGCUGUGCCGUGGGACGAGCUUUCGGUCUGCCGCAAGGCUCUCCUCGCAUGCGUCCUCGCUGCCGGCGGUGUCCCGCGCGCCAACUUUGCCUACGACGCCGCCGGCUGGCGGUCCAAGCUGGAGGCACUCGGCUUUGUCAGCGUGGUGGUCGACGAUGUGACCGAUGGCGUCUUUGCCGGCUUUGACCAGUUUAUGGCGGGACAUGCCGAGGCGCUUGCGGCCGCCGGCGUGUACGACACGUACGUUGCAGCCAAGUUCCGAGUCGCCGCCGCAGGCUUUCGUCGCCUCGCCGCCGGGGGUCUUGUCCGCUUUGUCAUUGCUCGCGGUCGGCUGCCGCAGGCAGCCGACCCGGACUGA